AUGCUGUCCACCAGGAGACAUGGUACCAGCAUCCUGACCGUAAAAGAAGUCCUGGAAAACGGGUUUGUGGCUGUGUCCUCCAGCCAUAUCCAUCCUUCUCCUGUCCAAAGUUAUUAUGUGGACUUUAGCAGUGCUUCCAAACCAGAUGCCUGGGAGGUUCUCAUGGACUUGGACAAUGCAACAAAAGGCAGUUCCCUGUGUGUUGUCAAGCAGUCAGAGUCUCUGAGCAACUGUGUGAAGACUGACCUGCACAGCCUCACCCAGAGCAUCUCUGACCUCAGCCAAGCUACCUUUGACCUCUUUAAUUGGCCUUGUGAGCACUCCAGCAGAGCUGGCUCCCUGAUGGAUAUCGCCUUGCAGAACACCUCAACGCCAUGCAAGAAAGAAAACCACCCCAAACUGCAGGAGAGCCUGCUCUCCAAGAGCACUGAGCUCAUCAGUGACCUCUCAACCUUUGGGAAGACACCAGCACCCAGAUGGGAGAUCUCAGCAAUAAAGGAUCCCCUGGAUACCAGCCUGUCCCUAGAUGUAAGUGCUGAGGAGCUGAAGCUCAUGGGAUGCCCCAAAUUGGACUCACCAACCCUGGAGACGUCUGUAGUAAUUCCUCUGGCUUGGCCUGGAGCUUUCAAAAGGCAUCCCACACUGCUCCACAGGUCUGUCACCCUCGAGACCCAGCUGAACGAUCCUGACCCCAUCCCUGUUUCUGCAUCAGGCUCUGUGAUGCUGCUGCCCUGGGGCACGGCGGGCUGCGAGGUGCCAUCCUGGGGCCCUUCUGUGCCACAGAGGAGCGAGUGUGUGGAGCUGCCGCCCAUCCAUGCUGCGGCACAGCAGGUGAAGCCCUCCCGCCCUGCCCUGAGCCAGCGGCCGCUCACACCUGCUGACAGGUUCACUCUCUCCUCCCGGGGCGACAGACACGGCCAGCUGCUGGAUGCAGGAGGCUCAGACUGGUGA